CUCCAAGACAGUAUGGCUUCUGCGCAGACGCGUGCUAUCAGCUGCUAUCUGCAUGAUACGCCCCCGUCUUCGCUCUCUGCCAGUGACUCGUCCCCGUCGCUAUCUGCGUCAACCUGAACCCCUCCGCGCGAGCAUAAAUAUUCGCAUUUAUUCCCCAUUUUUGCACCCCCGCAUUUCCCUGCUCCAUACUGCUAGCAUCAUGUCCGCGAAACCAGUAGUACUUACGCUCAAGACAGGCAAGAAGCUGACCGUGCCCACGGGGCUUUUCAUCAACAACGAGUUCGUCCCGUCGGUCGACUCGAAGGAGACCAUCGAAUGCAUUAACCCCGCCACUGAAGAGGUCAUCUGCUCCAUCGUCGCCGGUUCGGCCAAGGACAUCGACGUUGCAGUCGCCGCCGCGCGUGCGGCGUUCAAGACCACCUGGGGCAAGAACGUCACCGGCAUCGACCGCGCGCGUCUCAUCAACAAGCUCGCAGAUCUCAUCGAGCGCGAUGCACAGGAGCUUGCCGAGCUCGAAACCCUCAACAACGGCAAGCCCCUCAAGGUCGCAAGAGAUUUUGACAUUGGCGAUAGCGUCGCCUGCCUGCGAUACUACGCCGGAUGGGCCGAUAAGAUUGUCGGCCAGAGCCUCGAGGUGGAUAACAAGACGAAGAUGGCAUUCACGAAGCACGAUCCGAUCGGGGUCUGUGGCCAGAUCGUCCCAUGGAAUUAUCCCAUCAACAUGUGGUCAUGGAAGGUCGCCCCUGCGCUUGCAUGCGGAUGCACGAUCGUGAUGAAGCCAUCGGAGAUCACACCGCUCACUGCGCUGAAAUUGUCGGAACUGGUCGUCGAGGCGGGUUUCCCUCCUGGGGUCGUCAACACCGUCCCUUCACUCGGAUCGGUCGGAGGAGCCGCGCUGUCUUCACAUAUGGAUGUGGAUAAGGUAGCGUUCACGGGGAGCACUAUUACGGGUCGGAGAGUAAUGGAAGCAGCGGCGAAGAGCAACCUGAAGAAGGUGGGCCUCGAGCUCGGCGGCAAGUCUCCGCACAUCAUCUUCGAGUCUGCGGACCUCGACCAAGCGGCCAACUGGACGGCCCUUGGUAUCCUGUACAACAGCGGCCAGGACUGCACGGCCGGAUCUCGGUUGUUCGUGCAAGAAACCAUCUACGACAAGUUCAUGUCGAUCUUGGUGGCGAAGUUCAAGGAGCUCGUCGUUGGGGACGGACUGGAUGAGGACGUGACCGGUGGCCCUGUGGUGUCUAAGAUGCAGUAUGACAAAAUUUUCCGUUAUAUCGGCUAUGGCAAGGAGGAAGGUGCUAAACUCAUCCUGGGUGGCGAGAAGCGCGCGAGCAAGGGCUACUUUGUGGAUCCUACCAUCUUCACGGAUGUCACACCGAACAUGAAAAUUUUCCAAGAUGAGAUAUUUGGUCCUGUUCUAGCGGUGACCAAGUUCAAGACCGAGGAGGAGGCUAUCGAACUGGCUAACAACACGCUGUACGGCCUUGGUGCCGGUUUGCACUCCAAUGAUGCAAACCAGUGCAUGCGCGUUUCGAACGAACUAGAGGCUGGCACUGUCUGGGUGAACCAGUACAACUUGCUAUCGAACAACGUGCCUUUCGGAGGCAAAAAGCAGAGCGGUAUCGGGCGAGAGCUCGGCAGCUAUGCGCUGGAGGAGUACAUCUCUGUCAAGGCGGUCCACUGGAACUUUGGCGAGAAGCUGGGCUGGCCGCUGUAGAUCGCUUAUUGUAAGGCGUUGUGACGAUCUAGGCAUCGGCUGUCGAAGGGAAUGG